UAAAAAUAACAACAUUGAUAAUAUUUAAAAUGAUAGUAAGGAGAAAUGUAAGAAUUCACAAUUUAUCAUUACAAAGAACGUUAAAAUCAAGCACAACUCGUAUAUUUACUCCAGAUUUAGCAGCGGCGGCUUACAAACCAGAAGUUGUGGAAAAAAAUAGAUAUCAUGAAUGGGAAAGUAAAGGACUUUUUAUUGCGAAGAAUUCAAGUAAAGAACCGGUGUUUAGCGUUGUCCUGCCACCACCAAAUGUUACAGGAAAACUUCAUUUAGGACAUGCGUUGUCCUGUACUAUACAAGAUGUGAUUGUAAGACGAAAGAGGUCAAUGGGUCACAAUGUCUUAUGGCUCCCUGGUACUGAUCAUGCAGGUAUAGCCACACAGGGUGUAGUUGAGAAUUAUUUAAAAAGCAAACAAAAUAUUACACGUCAUGAAAUCGGUCGUGAAAAAUUCAACACAGAAGUAUGGAAAUGGAAAGAAAAACAUGGCAACACUAUAUGCAAUCAAUUACGUACUUUAGGCUGUUCUUUGGAUUGGUCUCGUCAAAUUUUCACAAUGGAUCAAAGCCAUUCACACGCUGUAAACACUGCCUUCAUACAAUUAUUCGAAAGAGGUCUUAUUUACAGAAAGAAAGCGUUAGUUAAUUGGUGUAACGCUUUAAAAUCUACUGUUUCUGAUAUAGAAGUGGAAAAUAUACAAAUAAAUACACCAACAGAUUUAAAGUUACCAGGUUAUAAAGACCCUGUAAAGUUUGGCUUAAUUUACAACUUUGCGUAUAAAAUAUAUGAUAGUAAUCAAGAAAUUAUUGUGUCUACAACUACACCGGAAACAAUGUUAGGUGAUACAGCCAUUGCGGUACAUCCUAAUGAUUUAAGAUACAAACAUUUAGCAGGAAAAAGAGCAAUACAUCCAUUCAGAAAUGAUACCAUCCCAAUCAUAUACGAUGAGAUGGUCGACAGUAAAUUUGGUACAGGAGCUGUCAAAAUAACUCCAGCGCACAAUAAAAUUGACAACGAAGUCGCUAAAAGACAUCGUCUACCAUCAGUACAAGUUAUAAAUGAAGAUGGUUUGAUGCAAACAUGUCAAAUGUUUGAUCAAAUGAAACGCUAUGAAUGUAGACAAAAGUUGGUCAAACAUUUAGAUGAAAUGGGACUUUUAAAAUCCGUACAAACACAUCAAAUGACAUUACCAAUAUGUAGUCGAACUGGAGAUGUAUUAGAAUAUUUACCUAAAGAACAAUGGUUCUUAUCUUGUAGGAAAUUGAACAAAGCAGCAUCGAAUGCUGUUAAAAAUAAUGAAUUAAAAAUAAAUCCUGAAAAAUAUAUAAAAAAUUGGAUAAAUUGGACCGAAGAUGAACGUGAUUGGUGUAUUUCAAGACAAUUAUGGUGGGGACAUCAAAUCCCAGCUUACAAAUGCAGUGUUGACAAAGAUGUGAUAUGGAUAGCUGCAACUGACGAGAUAUUAGCUAAAUUACAAGCAUCAAAAUAUCUUAGAACUGCACCGGAAGAUAUUACUAUUGUAAGAGACACAGAUGUUCUUGAUACUUGGUUUUCAUCUGGCAUUUAUCCAUUUGCUGUAUUAGGAUGGCCAGAAACCCAUAAUAGUGAUGAUUAUAAAGAUUUCUAUCCUUUAAACCUAAUGGUAACCGGUCAUGAUAUCUUAGGUUUCUGGGUACACAGAAUGAUUAUGUUAGGUAUAGAAUUAACAGGACAGUUACCUUUUAAUAAUAUUCUACUACACGGUGUGAUUUGUGAUAAUAAAGGUGCAAAAAUGUCUAAAAGCCGAGGCAAUGUGAUUGAUCCAAUUGAUAUUAUUAACGGAAUUUCAUUAGAAAAUCUUAAAAUUAAAACUGAUGGAAUGUAUAAAGAUGGUAUUAUUAAUAAAGAAGAAUUAAAUAAAGCUAUAAAUUAUCAUAAAUGUAAUUAUUCCACAACAAAAGGUAUACCAGAAUGUGGAGUUGAUGCUUUAAGAUUUACAUUAUUGUCACAAGACAUUAAAUCAAAUUUCGUCAACUUCGAUAUCCAUCAAUGUCAUGCGAACAAAUUAUUCUGUAAUAAAAUAUGGCAAAGUAUCAAAUACGUGCAAUUAUCGUUUAAUAAACUUAGACCAAUCGAUGAAAUAACACGAGACGAUUUAACAUAUAUUGAUAAAUGGAUUUUAAGUAGACUAGCAGAUAUGGUUGAUAAAGUUAACAAAGCAAUCGAUGAUUAUGAUUUUCAUUUAGCAACUAAAGCAAUAAAAACAUUGAUUUAUAGUGAAUUUUGUGAUGUUUACCUUGAAGCAACCAAACCGGGAUUUGAUGAUAAUAAUAUGGGAUAUGCUCACGCGCAUACACUUUCGGCAGUUCUGAACACUUCACUAAGAUGUCUAGCUCCAAUAAUGGUUUAUCUCACAGACGAAUUGAUACCAAAAAUACCUAAUUUCGAAACAAAUAUAAUACACAACUUUGAUGACUUAAAAAAACCUUUCUUCGACUACCCACAGACAAAAGAUUUUGACAUUUGGAGAAACAAAGAUUUAGAAAAUCAAGUUACAAAAUUAUUAAACGUUAUAAGUCUUGUUAGAGAAUUAAAAGGAAUGUAUAAUAUUUCAAAUAAAAUAAAAACAUCAAUAUAUGUUACAACUAACAAUGAUACAUUAAUGUUGGAUUUAGACAAUAAUCAAGACAUAGUUCUACAUUUGACUAAAUGUGGGUAUUUAAAAAUUAAUCUAGACGAUAGCAAAUAUUCUGUAUCUACCUUACUUGAUAAAGAUACUGAAAUAAAAUUAGCUAUUGAAGAAGACAAUGCAGCUAACAUUAUAUCAGCCGCUAAAGAAAAAUUAAGAAAUAAAAUUAAAAAACUGGAAGAAAAUUUAGAUAAAUUGGAAGCUAAAUAUUCAAGUAAAUACUAUGUCACAUCUGUGCCUGAACAUACAAAAGUUUUAGACAAAGAAAAAUUACUUAUAAAAAAGGAAGAACUAAAACAACUACAAAGACUGAUUUAACACCUCAAGUUCUCGGCAGGAGUAUACUUUAGCAGGUUAAAAUUGUAGUAGCAUUUAAAGUGUUAUAACAACAUUAUUAUUUCUGAAAUCAAGUCAAUAAAGCUAACCAUUCUUUAAAUAUAUAGGUAUAAGAAUUCAGUUAUUUAUUCUAUAUA